UCUUCUGACGUAUUCUGACGUACCCCUAGCGGAUACAGCGAAAUCUAUACGUCAAAGGAUACGAGCGGUCGUAUUUUGAAGGGGGUUUCCAUUUUAACCUCUCGGACGGACCUGGAUUUGGCCGUGUGGAAUUCAACAUGUUGGCCCUUAUUAAUCGGAUCUUGGACUGGUUCAAGUCUCUGUUCUGGAAGGAAGAGAUGGAACUGACUCUCGUCGGCUUGCAGUACAGCGGAAAGACUACCUUCGUGAAUGUCAUAGCGUCUGGACAAUUUAGCGAAGAUAUGAUACCAACCGUUGGCUUCAAUAUGCGUAAAAUAACAAAAGGCAAUGUCACUAUAAAAGUAUGGGAUAUCGGUGGCCAACCAAGGUUUAGAUCAAUGUGGGAAAGAUAUUGUAGAGGAGUAAAUGCCAUUGUGUACAUGGUAGAUGCAGCAGAUUCUGAAAAGAUUGAAGCCAGUCGCAAUGAAUUGCACAAUUUGUUGGAUAAGCCACAAUUGUCAGGGAUACCAGUGUUGGUUCUUGGCAAUAAAAGGGAUUUACCUCAUGCAUUGGAUGAAAAUGGGCUCAUAGAAAGAAUGAACUUGUCUGCGAUUCAGGACCGUGAGAUUUGUUGCUACAGUAUUUCGUGUAAAGAAAAGGACAAUAUUGACAUAACGUUACAGUGGCUCAUAGCGCAUUCUAAAAGUGGAAUUCGCUAAUAUCCUUAAAAUAUCCCAUUUGUUAGUAUCGGAGAGUCUUUGAUACUGAUGACAGUAUUGGGAUCAAUCGUGGAAAGCAGCCCAUCGAGCAAAGUUUGUUCAAAACUGAGUCAUUACUGUAGAAAACUACUUUAAACUUAAGCUUUAGCUGAUCUGAGUUGGAAGGUGCAAAUGCCGCAGUAAAAUUUAACAAAAAAAAAAUGAAAAAAGAUACCAUGCUUAAUGCCAAGUAUGCUCGUGUGAAUUAUACCAUAAGGCACGUCACAUCCUGCGAGCACCGUUAGUCAUAAGGAACAGUUUUUUAUAUUUUCGUUUAUAGGUAAGUCCAAAAGUAUAUUCCAGUACCCAAUAACAGUUAUAUAUAAUUAGUAUCUCUCUGUAUCUUUUUCUAUGAUUGCUGCUAUUGUAAAGCUGAAGUAAUACCGACAUAAUCGCAGUUAAUUAUUGUGAUAUUAAUAGUCUAGAUGUCGAUAUUCUUGUUUCUUCUCUUGUACUCUCGAAAGAUACCAAGCGUUUCAUGUGUAAAUUAGAGAAAAUGGUAGCUAAUACGAAUUACACGCGCAAAGAUAUCAUUAUUGAUUACUAUAUAGUACACCUUCUCGAGAAAUUUAAUAACAAAUAAAAACGACAUAUUGCAAAUAAUGGAUCGUUAAGUGUAUCCAAUGAUAAAUCAUACAUAUACAUAGAUCUUUUUUUCAUAACGUUAA